UGAAGUAUCAGUACUCCGUUGUGUCACAUGAUGAAAAUUAUCGCAAUUAUCAAGAUGAUUACGUGAUAAUGCUAGCGGAAAUGAUGGGGGAGAGUAAUGACUAAUUUUUCAAUCUCAUCUGUAGUCUAAUGAAUUUUGAGGAUUUAUGUUGACUAUUGGGUUAUUUUGUGAGCAUCAUGGAACAGCUGGCGACCAAUGAUGACAGUAGAAGAGGAAAUUCCCCAUUGCAAAUGACGGAUUGUGGAGUCUACGCAUACCUGUCUUUAUGCAGCAUCUCCCUGGGGGAGUUGUUUCCAGGGGAUUGCAAUGCUGAGUUCAACGAGACAUACAUGAAAUCCUUGUGCAGAUAUUUUCGUGUUAAGGAGGCCCAGGAGAGUGUUAUGAUGAUUUUACUGAGGGGCGACUCUGGUCAGACAACUGAGCCAUACGUACCGUUGUUGCUCGGUGAGCCCGGUAUUGAUGGCCGAGGGAUCCUGGUGAUCCAGUUAACUGUUUUCAUUGCUGUUCAGAGUGGAAUUGCAUCAGGCGAAUAUGAUGCCCGACAGCGAGUGCUAGUGAGAAAGCUUGCUGACACGUUUGCUGUGCCGUUCGAUCUGGUUGAACUCUACGAGCACUCGCUGGUGUCGAUGCUCAAUGACGAAGAGCCCUCGCAAACAGAGGAAGAGCAGAGAGCGAGUGCUCGUCGUCGGAGAAUGAAAAAAAUUAAGCGAUACGCAUCAGUGGGCAUUGCAACCCUAGCGGGUGGAACUCUCAUAGGAUUGACGGGGGGCCUAGCAGCACCUCUCAUCGGUGUUGGAGUUGGAACGAUUCUGGGGGGUGCCACGACAGUUGCAUUGACAAGUACUGCUGGUGUCACUAUCAUCGGGUCGAUAUUCGGAGUUGCUGGAGCUGGAUUAACAGGGUACAAAAUGAACAAAAGAGUUGGCCAGCUCGAGGAGUUCUCCUUCCAACCCUUGAACUGCACCUCCCAAACUGACAGUCAGCUGCACAUCGCCAUAGCGAUAACCGGCUGGCUGAAAUCCGACGACCAGGCAGCCAUUGUGAAGCCCUGGCGGUGCCUAGCCAUCUCCCGAGAGCAGUAUGCACUCAGAUACGAGACCAAGUACCUGAUAGAACUCGGCCAAGCCCUUGAAUACAUCUUGAGCAUGGCCGUGUCUUUUGCGACGCAGGAGGCCCUCAAGUACACGAUCCUCAGUGGUCUGAUGUCGGCGAUUGCCUGGCCGACAGCCCUCCUAUCAAUAUCCUCGGUCAUCGAUAAUCCCUGGUCCGUCUGCUGUCGACGGAGUUCAGAAGUCGGAAAACAUCUCGCUCACGUACUUCUCAGUCGACAGCACGGCAAGAGGCCAGUGACACUCAUCGGAUAUUCACUAGGUGCACGAGUUAUUUUCUACUGUCUCCGCGAGAUGAGUGAGACUGGGGGAAAGAAUGCCUUCGGAAUAAUUCAGGAUGCCAUUCUCCUCGGGGCGCCCGUCACAGCCAAUGAGCAGCAAUGGAGCAAGUGUUCCAGUGUCGUGGCAGGGAGGAUUGUCAACGGUUAUGCCAGAACUGAUUGGCUCCUGAGGUUCCUGUACAGAACUUUCUCGAUGACAACUGCUGUUGCUGGCCUCAUGCCCCUGGACUACCCUGGCAUUGAUAAUAUUGAUUUGGAAACCGUUGUUGGGGGGCAUAUGGAGUACUCCGAGAAGCUGGAGGACAUCUUGAGGCUCGUGGGGGUCAGGCUCAGGCACGGGGAGAUUCUGGAUGAUCAGGGCUUGCUGAAGAAUUCCACGUCGGAGUAUGAUCAGAAGGUGCAUCUCCAGCGGACUCAGAGUACUGGAGAACUGAGGGAAUCCAAAUCUGAUACCUGUCUUACGUCGAAGGCUCUUCCUAGUGCAGUAAAAAAAUGAAUUUGAUCCACAAAUCCGUCCUUCAAUUAAUGAUUAGUCAAUUGGUAAAACAUAACAGAACAAUCAGUUUUCAGAGGUAAAAUGUCAGAAGACAAGAUGUCUUACGAUAUUUUCUUCUGAAUUCAUUCUCCAGGUAUAUGCACACUUGAAGAAGUUAUUAGCAAAUCUCAUAGAAAAUUCUAUUGAAUUUCUAUUAGUUUCUGGCCGACUCUACUGAAGGAUUCCGCAGCUUUACUGCGACUUUUUUUUCAAUAAAAAAUGUCCAAUAAAAACUAUUUUAUGGAGAAUAGUAUUAUACACUGUACAACAAUAAGUGCUGAAUAGCAUUAGCCAAAUGAUUGAGGACCACUCGAGCCUUGCAUAAUUCACAGAUACCGCAGAAAAAUAUUUCCAUGUUACCAAUAAUGUUUUUAUUGCUCCAUGUACAAAUGAUAAAUAUAUUAAAUAAUUCUAUUUAUACAUUACCCCGAUAUCAAGUAUAUUUAAUGCACAUAUUACCAUCAGAUACAUAAAAUUAUUUAUUCAAUUGAAAAA